UGGCUGAAUUGUACCAUCGCCAUGAGAGGAGUUUCUCCCCAAACCAAACCUUGACUUUCACAUGAUACAUACGUUGUCCAAUUUCGCUCCCCUUUCCUGGGAUUGUCCGCUGAAAUAAAUUUAAAUGGUUCCUAGGUUUGUUUCAAUAUCGGUACGAGGCGAUUAAAACUAUGGUUCCUUACCGUGAAACCUAUGUUUUUUAUUGACACUACUAAUGAAUUAAUCUAGCUAGCAACCACGUAAAAGCCUCCGAAUGAAGAGAAGGCACGACAAAAAGUGGCACGAAGCACAUCCACUUCCCCUUACUCUUGUAUUCGCGGCAUGGCCUUGACCUUUGAUGAUCUGAGCUAUGGACAUUGAGAACCGGAAGUCAAAAACUAGAAGAAUUCGCGAGUGGUUUAACAGAAAGAACAAGAGAGCCGACGCAUAUCAAUGGAAUGAAGUUUCAGAUGACAGUGAGGACGAUAGCCUGGAUGAUGACCUCGUUAGAUCGUUGGAGAUAGAUCCAUGCAUCUUUACCAAUGAAUUGAGAAUCUUUGUGGGUACAUGGAAUGUCGCCGGAAGAUCUCCCGUUGGAAGCUUAGCCGUAGAUGUGAAUGAAUGGCUAAAUCUCAAGGAUGCGGCUGAUAUGUAUGUUCUAGGGUUUCAAGAGAUUGUGCCUUUGAAAACCAAAAACGUGAUAGGAGUAGAAGACCCAACUGAAGCAACAAACUGGAACUUGCUCAUCGGAAAAACUCUGAACGACAAGUAUGGAUGCCCCUGGUUGACCCCCAUGUUGAAUCCAAUCUCAAGUGAAAACUAUCAUUUUGUUAGGUUCCCCGGUUUCGGAAGGAGGGCAAGUUUUAGCGGCCAUUCUGGAUUUACAGGGCCGGAGCUAUCAAAGGCACAGCAUGAAGGGGAGGCAUAUGGGGGCAGCAAAUAUAAGCUAAUGGCAAGCAAGAAGAUGGUUGGAGUGUUUAUAAGUGUAUGGAUGAAGAAGGAAUUUCUCACAAAGUACUGCAUUUCAGAUGUUAAGGUUUCUUCCGUGGCUUGUGGCAUCAUGGGAUACUUGGGGAAUAAAGGUUCAGUUUCAGUUAGUAUGUCUAUUGAAGGAACCAGCUUUUGCUUCAUUGCUGCUCACUUGGCUUCCGGCGAGAAGAGAGGUGAUGAAGGCAGGAGGAAUCACCAAGUCUCAGAGAUUUUCAGACGAACUUCAUUCCCCCGUUCUUCUGAAGAUGAUGACAAUCCUCAUCCUAUCACCAUCCUAGGACACGAUCGUAUAUUCUGGUUCGGAGAUCUCAACUAUCGGCUGUACCAAGACAACAUUUUGGCCAAGGAAUUCAUAAAGAAGCAAGAUUGGAAAGCAUUGCAGGAAUUUGAUCAGCUCCGAAAGGAACUUGAAGAUGGAGGAGUGUUCGAAGGUUGGAGAGAAGGGAACAUAGAAUUCGCACCAACAUACAAAUACUCCUCGGCAAAUUGCAAUCGGUACACAGCUGGCCUGCCAGGCAGAUCAGGAGAGAAGCAAAGAACUCCAGCAUGGUGUGACAGAAUACUGUGGUAUGGAAAAGGAGUGAGGCAACUUUCCUAUUUUCGAAGUGAAAGCAAGUUCUCUGACCACAGACCAGUUUCUGCACUCUUUUCUAUACCAAUAGAAGUCAUGAAGGUUACCAAUCCGAGAAAGGUUUUUCCUACAGGCACCUUUCUGCCCAUGCCUUCCGGGAAACUGGAGCCAAUCGAUAGCAAAGGAGGGGCCAGAUCUACCUUGCUAUCACUGAUUUCCAAGGAAUCAGUAAAGGGUAUAGGAUCAUUGCCAUAAAACAUGCAAAUACAAUAGCAAAAACAGAGGAAGUGCAAUUUUAGGCAAUGCUGCUUUGCUAUGUUGCCACAGCUGGCUUUCUAGAGAAGCAUCAUUUUAAGUAAUUCUGACUUAUGUUCUUUAGAAAAGAAAAUUUUCACUUUGUAGGGUUUCAAAGUGCAAUUUUAAGUUAGAUUGAUGGAAAGUGAAAGUUGAUUAAUAACUACAUGAUUCGUUUCCUUCAA